CUCUCUCUCUCUCUCUCUCUCUCUCUCUCUCUCUCAUAGUUCCCUUUUCCAAUUUGAGCAACGCAUGCUACAUCCAUCGCAAAUCUUCUUCAAACCCAGUGAGUUUCUCUUGUUAUUUAUCAAUAGUUUCAUCAAUUACGCUACAGUUUGAUUCAAAUCCUACCGGUUUCUCAAUCUUUCCCAACUCUCCACCACUCUUUAAUCGCUUUUUUGAGUUUCUUGUCGAUUGUUUUCGUUCGUAUUUAAAUACAAUUGCAAAUGGGUUGCACGGUGAGGGAUAAGCAUGUUCGAACGAGUCGGAGGCUUCGAUCGGUAAAAUCCGUAAUCGAUCCGCGUUCUUAUCAAGAACGAGAUUCACUUCACAAAUCUGUGCUCGAAUCGAGUUCCAAGCCGUUGGAUUAUCAUAUAGGGCUCGGCGAUUCGAACCAGAAUACCGCGGUUACGUCAAACUCUAAUUCUAGUUCCUACUCGGAUGGUGGUGAAUGGGUUUACUGUACGGAGGAGCAAUUGGAGAAAAUCUUGAUGAAGAAUUUACAAUUUAUUUAUACUGAAGCUAUUUCUAAGCUUGUAGCAUUGGGUUAUGAUGAGGAUUCUACGAUGAGAGCGAUUUUGAAAAAUGGACAUUGCGAUGGUACCAUGGAUGCUCUAACAAAUGUACUGCAUAAUUCACUGAAGUUUUUGAAUGGUAACAACAAUCCUGAUAAUGCCAACACCGAGGCGGUUGCAGCUGUUGUAGCUGCUGCCGAAUCUGGUGAUGAUAAUGGUAAUGGUAUUGCCAUUGCCAUUGCUAAUGCUCAUGCUGAUUUAUCUGUGCAUGAUCCUGAGCCUGUGUUCUCUGAUUUAAGGCAAUUGCAGGAGUACUCGUUGGCUAGUAUGGUGUGUUUUUUGCAAAAAGUUAGGCCUCAUUUGACUAAAGGAGAUGCUAUGCGGUGUCUGCUUAUGAGUGAUCUUCAUGUCGGUCGGGCAAGUGCCGUGGAGAUUCCGGUGCUUCCUUCAAUACCAAGUACUGUUAACGGGACAGCGUCUGGAGCCAAUGGUGAGAAUGUUCGUAAACAACCAGUGAGCUUUUUGGCACCAUCCCAUUGUAAAUUUCAGGGUAGUUCAGGUUUUGGAAAUGGUGGAGGUUUGGAAUUUUCUGUUAAUGGGUCUCCAUCUUAUGCCCCUGAUAUGAAUUUGCGUAGUGAUAUCGAGUGUCCGAAGAGGUUUAAUCUUUCUCCUUCAAUGAAGUCGUUGUUGAAGAGGAAUGUGGCUGCAUUUGCUGCUGGUUUUCGAGCAAACUCGAAGCACAUUGAGGUGCAGUCUCAAGCUUGUGCAAAUGCCUUACCAAGUGAAAAUUCCCCUGGUGGACAAGGUCCUGUUGGAGUUCCGGUGGAGAAAAGAGAGUUGUCCCAGAUUUCAGAGAACCAAGCUGCUGUAAAUUCAAUGUUGACUAAAUUUCGUGAUUUGAAACUUUAUGAGAAUUUGGAUUUUGUUGCAGAAGAUCAAAAGGAUGAAGUGAUUGUAAAUCUCUUGCAUCAGAUUAAAGAACUUGAAAGACAAGUAAAGGAGCGGAAAGAGUGGGCGCACGAAAAGGCAAUGCAAGCUGCAAAGAAACUGAGUCAUGAUCUCACUGAGCUUAAAAUUUUGAGGAUGGAAAGGGAAGAAACCCAACGCCUGAAAAAAGGCAAGCAAACUUUAGAGGACUCAACAAUGAAACGACUAUACGAGAUGGAGAAUGCUUUGAGAAAGGCCAGUGGUCAGGUGGACCGUGCAAAUGUGGGAGUGCGACGCCUUGAGACAGAAAAUGCAGAAAUUAAGGCAGAGAUUGAAGCUUUAAAGUUAAGUGCUUCCGAGUCUGCCACUGCUUGUUUGAAGGUUGCAAAGAGGGAGAAAAAAAGCCUAAAGAGACUACUGGCCUGGGAAAAGCAAAAAACAAAAUUACAGGAGCAGAUUGCAGAGGAGAAGGAUAAGAUAUCAAAGUUGCAAGAUGAAUUGGAGAUGAUCAAGUUAGCUCAACAAGAGGCCGAGGUGAGGUGGAGGCAUGAGGUGAAUGCUAAAGAGGCUGCCAUGGUCCAAGUGGAAGACAAGAGACGUAGUAAAGAAGCAGCGGAGGCAAGUAGUAAAAGAAAGCUCGAGACGUUACGCCUUAAGAUAGAGAUAGAUUUUCAGCGCCACAAGGAUGAUCUGCAAAGGCUUGAACAAGACCUUUCUCGUCUACAAACAUCUGCACAAUCCACUGAUGAACCACACCACCCUUCCAAUAACACACCCAAAAGAAGUUCAGAGGAUGUAAGAUCCCAGGGAGAAACCAUUGCGAAAAUGCUUCGUGAAUUGGAUAACUUUGAGGAUUAUUCAGAGAACGAGGUCGAGCGCAACCGUGAAUGCAUAAUAUGCAUGAGAGAUGAGGUUGCUAUUGUUUUCUUGCCUUGUGCUCACCAAGUUCUGUGUAACAGUUGCAGUGAUAACUAUGGCAGAAAGGGUAAAGCAACAUGCCCAUGUUGUCGGGUUCCAAUAGAACAAAGAAUCCGAGUUUUUGGUGCGAGUUCGUAGAACGAUAGUAGGAGUUUUCAAAGAAUAGCAUAUCUCAACUGUAACAUUUCUUUGUUAAAAGAUACUCUGAGUUUACAGUGCUCCGCAGACUUUGGUCAGAUAUAUAUACACCUUUGAAUAUGUUUACUUCAA